GGAUGGCGAAAGGGCUCCUUGUGACCUAUGUCCUUUGGGCUGUAGGGGGCCCUGCUGGGCUUCACCACCUAUACUUGGGAAGGGACAGUCAUGCCCUGCUCUGGAUGCUUACCCUGGGGGGAGGUGGGCUGGGCUGGCUUUGGGAAUUCUGGAAUCUCCCAAACUUUGUAGCUCAAGCCAACAGAGCCCAGGGACAGAAACAGAGCUCAAGAGAGGGGAUACCCCCACUGAGUCCCAUUCGCUUUUUUGCCCAGAUGAUAGUGGGCAUAUAUUUUGGMCUUGUGGCUCUGAUUARCUUUYCUUCCAUGGCCAACUUYUACAUUGUGGGCCUCCCACUGGCAGUUGGCUUAGGUGUCUUGCUGGUGGCUACUAUUGGCAACCAAACCUCAGACUUUAAGAACACUCUAGGAGCAGCAUUUCUUACUUCCCCUAUAUUCUAUGGCCGCCCCAUAGCCAUCCUGCCCAUCAGCUUGGCUGCCAGCAUCACAGCCCAGAAGCAUUGCCGCUAUAAACCUUCAGUAGAGUCAGAGACACUCAGUGUGCGGCUCUACCGGCUCGGUUUGGCUUACCUUGCUUUCACAGGCCCGCUGGCAUACAGUACCCUGUGGAACACAGCUGCCACUCUCAGUUAUGUGUCAGAAACACUUGGCUCCUUCUUAAGUUGGUUCAGCUUUUUCCCCCUUCUUGGCCGCCUUAUAGAGUCUGUCCUCCUUCUGCCUUACCAAAUCUGGUGGCUAUUAGUUGGGGAUCCAGGUAUCAACAAC